UGUGUAACCAUGCUCGUCUUUGUACAGCCUGAUCGUUUUACCCUAACCCUAACCUGUUCAGUAAUGUGUAGAGUGUAGUCGCUGAGUGAGUAGACCAUCUGUUUAUCAAUAUUUGACAGGAAUUUGUAAACCAUAAGUGCUUCAAGUUAGAACAUAGGAAGUCUUCCUCCUGCUGCUGGCCUCUCUCAUUUUAACAAUGUGGCUUUAUGAUUUUUUACUGAGUUUAGACCUCAAGGGGCUAUUUCUGUUUCUUAUUAUUUUCUUCAUAAUAGCAGACUACCUCAAAAACUGGAAACCUCCUAAUUAUCCUCCAGGACCAUGGGCUUUUCCAAUUGUGGGGAAUAUUCUCAGUGUGGACAGUGAACAUCCAGACAAGUAUAUUACCAAGCUGGCUGACAUUUAUGGAAGUGUAUUCAGCGUUCGUCUCGGCAGAGAAAAGAUGGUGUGUGUGUCUGGAUACAAGGCUGUGAAGGAUGCUAUCGUGACACAGGCUGAGAACUUUGUGGAUCGACCCCAAAGUUCAGUCGAGGAUAGAUUUUACUCAGGAAGCUCAGGUGGUCUGUUCAUGAGCAAUGGCGAAACAUGGAAGAGACAGCGAAGAUUUGCCUUAUCUACGUUACGUACCUUUGGCCUUGGCAAAAACACCAUGGAGCAGAGUAUCUGUGAGGAGAUCCAACACCUGCAGGAGGAUAUUGAGCAGGAGAAAGGUGAACUUUUCGACCCAGCAAACCACUUUAACAAAGCUGUGUCAAACAUCAUUUGCCAACUGGUGAUGGGGAAACGAUUUGAGUACAGCGACCACAACUUCCAACACAUGCUGAAAUGUCUGUCAGAGGUUCUCUAUCUGGAGGGCUCUAUAUGGAGUUGGAUAUAUGACUCUUUCCCUUCAGUGAUGAAGCACAUGCCAGGUCCUCACAACAAAAUGUUCGACAACUUCGACAUCCUGAAAGAAUUUCUCAGUCAGGAGGUACAAAGGCACAAGAAGAACCUGGACCACAACGAUCCCCGGGACUACAUUGACGCUUUCAUCAUUGAAAUGGAAAAACACAAAGAGACCGAUGUGGGCUUCAAUGAGAUCAAUCUGGCUGUGUGCUCUUUGGAUCUGUUCCUGGCUGGAACAGAGACGACCUCCACUACUUUGCUGUGGGCUUUGGUUUACCUCAUCAAUAACCCGGAAAUUCAGGAGAAAGUCCAGGCAGAGAUAGAUGGCGUGAUUGGACAAAGCCGCCUGCCCACUAUGGCCGACAGACCCAACCUGCCCUACACUGAUGCUGUCAUCCAUGAAAUCCAGAGAUAUGGAAAUAUCGUUCCUCUCAAUGGAUUCAGAAUGGCUGCCAAGGACACAACACUGGGUGGUUAUUUCAUCCCUAAGGGCACGACCCUGAUGCCCAUCCUGACCUCUGUGCUGUUUGACAAGACUGAGUGGGAGACUCCAGACACCUUCAACCCUGGACACUUCCUCAACUCUGAGGGAAAGUUCUUGAAGAAAGAAGCUUUCCUUCCCUUCUCUGCAGGGAAACGUGUGUGUCUUGGAGAAAGUCUUGCCAAGAUGGAGCUGUUCCUAUUUUUGGUUGGUCUACUACAGAAGUUUUCUUUUUCUGUUCCUGAUGGAGUUGAGCUUAGCACUGAAGGAAUCACUGGAAUGACACGCGUGCCUCACCCAUUCAAGGUUUACGCUAAAGUGCGUUAAACUGAACGACAUCUCCCUGAGCCAUGCAACAUCUAAUCAAAGUUUAAUAGACAAGACAAACUUAAUACCUUAGGACCUGUGUCCACAGACAACGCUUUUUGUGCUGGAAACGCUGAAGACUUCCGUUUCAGAGCCCUUUUUACCAUUGCACUGUAGCUACUGUAGGUGAGAAAAGUAAACUUCCGCUUCCCUCAGUAAUGUCUGUUAGGUGUGUUUUAGAUAGCUCCAUGUGCAUAAUAUUUGCUUAAAUUCAAGGAAAUAUCACCAA